CACCUGCUAUUUGACAUUCAAGAUGAAGAAGUUUUUGCAAAACAAAAAAGGCCGAUACUCUUUUCGGCAGAGCAAACGGGGCUCUCGGUAUCCAUCUAAAGAUUUCUUCCUCAGCAUGCCGACGUCCAACCAGGGCUGGCCUGAGGAUUUUGGCUUCCAGCUGGGUGGGAAUGGACCCAGCUACAUCCUGUCUGUGGAGGAGGGCAGCAGCGCCCACCUGGCUGGGUUGCAGGCGGGGGAUCAGGUUCUGGAGAUCGAGGGCCACAAUGUGUCGACGUUGGGUCCACAAGCCGUCAUCGCCAUCGCCCAGACUCAGAAGAACAUCCCUCCCAGCAUUGGAGUGGUGUCCCGCAUACAGCAGAUGGACAUCAUACCAGGUCCAGACGGUCGUUUUGGGUUUACCAUCGUUGGAGACUGCCCUCUGCUGGUGGAGGACUGCUCUCCUUGUUCACCAGCUGGACGCGCAGGUUUGAGGGCCGGAGAUUAUGUCAUGGAGGUGAACGGCAUCCCCGUAAGGCAGCACGAGAUGGCUGCAACAUUGAUCAAGGCCUCCCAGGGGAGGACGCUCCGUCUGGGGGUGCUAUGCCUCGGCCCGAGGCAGAAGCAUAGCGUCAGCAUAGAGGACAGUCAGUUGGGAGGAGAGGGGGCGAGACUGGACCGCAAGCACAAGGCUCUGGAGUUCAACAGGAAGGUUGACCAAAUUUUAGGCGAUGAGCCCGAAGUGAAAGAGAGACUCUUCGCUGUGCUGAAGCAGUACGCAGCAGAGAAAAGAGUGGAGUGGCUGGCCUCUGUCCUGCCAGAGAUACUCACCACUGAUGAGCAUCGACAGCUCAUCUCCAGCAUCAGAAUCUUCAUUCCCAAGAAGCACCGGCAGCGCUUCGACGAGUCCGUGUCCCAGAACGUUAUCAACCGACUCUGCCGCAGCAAAAGCAUCAGCGAGCCGCAGGGCAGGAUCCGGCGCAGUCGGAGCGAAGACCACUCUGACCGCCACCGCGGGUCCAAACGGGCCAGCUCAGUGCCAAGAGAUGGAGAACCCGGAGGGAGGGGGGAGUCAGAGAGAGACAGGGGCUUAAGGAAGUCCAUGCCCGGGAUGCCUGCACAUCCGCCCAUCGGACCCAAUCAGAGGAUCGUUCGUGUCUACAGAGGGAAGAAGAACUUCGGCUUCACCUUGCGAGGCCACGCUCCCGUCUGCAUCGACUCAGUUAUCCCAGAUAGCCCUGCUGAGGAAUGUGGACUGAAAACAGGAGAUCGCAUCCUUUUCCUCAAUGGACUGGACAUGAGGAACUGUUCCCAUGAGAAGGUGGUGUCCAUGCUGCAGGGCAGCGGGGCAAUGCCCACUCUGGUGGUGGAGGAAGGUCCGUCUGACUUCUCUUCCGACCAGACUGACCCAGAGGAAUCCCCUGGUCUGCCCCCCACCACAUUACCACGCUCCAGGUCUCCAGCCCUCAGCUCCCUCCAGUGGGUGGCAGAGAUUCUUCCACCGAGCAUUAAAGUCCACGGGCGAACCUUCAGCCAGCAGCUAGAGCACCUGCUGACCAUCCAGGAGAGAUACACUGUCUGCAAGGCCUUGGAGACCUUCUUCCAGCACAGGAACGUGGACACCCUGAUAGUGGAUGUGUUUCCGGUGUUGGACACUCCGGCCAAGCAGCUCAUCUGGCAGUUCAUCUACCAGCUGUUGACCUACGACGAACAGGAGCGCUGCCAGAGCAAACUGUCACGCUUCCUGGGUUUUAAGAGCAGCGCAGUGUUAGAGCCUGACGGAGGUCAAGAGCACCACCGGCGGAGCAGCUCUAUGCGUGUGACGGGAACGUCGUACCGCAGCAGCAUGCGAGAGAGGAGCUCCGAUGACUGCAUCAUCGGGACUCACCUGGGAAUGGGAAUUCAUGUCGAUGAAUCUGGGAGCCCGGAGGAGAGGCAGUCAGGAGAUGGAACCUCCUUCCCCGAGUCCCCUGACCUCAAUCAUAUGACAGGUGUGUACACGGAGCUGGAGAACGUGUACACAGGGAAGAGUGUGUCACCACUGCAGGGAGGCUCCUCGGCAGAGCCCGAGGUGUCGGGACAGACUGAGGGCUACAGCCGCCCUCUGUCCCCGCUCACACUCCCCCCUCUCACAGGUAACCGUAAGUCUGGCCUGUCGCUGUCCUGGAAGGAGCCUCUCCCCACUCCAGUGUACGAGAUACACCACCAGAGCAGCCAGGACUCCAACCCCUAUGUCAGCCUGGAGAGCCCCCCCGCCUCCCCUCAGCACUCAGACAGCGGCCCCAACACAUUAACCCGCCGCAAGAAGCUGUUCACCUUCUCCCGUCCGCCUCGCAGUCGGGACACGGACAAGUUCCUGGACGCCCUGAGCGAGCAGCUGGGCCACCGGGUCACUCUGGUGGACGACUUCGUACCCGGAGAAAACGACUACGAGGAGAUGAGCUUCCUGGAGGACCAGGACCUGGGCUUCAUCCCUCGGCAGCUGAGCAGCGCCAGCAGCGAGGAUCACAGUAGCAGCGACGAGGCCUCGUCUCCCUCCUACUCCUCUGAAUCCGAACCAAUCCCCCCACCUCCCACCCAGAGUCCUCCGCCUCCCCCGCCCUUCCAGGCUCUCAUACCCCCUCCCGUCCAGUUCACCGACCCCCUCCCGCCCGUACGCUUUUCUCCAGAGCACGUCCCCCGCAGCCGGAUGCCCUUCCAGCCACACCACCCCAUCAUCCCUCCUCCUCCGCCUCCUCCGAGGACCCUCCUGUCCAGCCGCUCUCCUCUGCACAAAGUUCUCCCCAGCAGAGACGAAGCAGAGAAACCUCACCAGCGCUUCCAGACUACCACCUCUUCCCGGCACACCAUCCUGAGCACCACCACCACCUUGCGGUCGUCUCGCCCCAGCUACCUCCCCCGCCAGCUCAGCCAGCCGGCACCGAUCCGCCAGCCCUCCCCCCAGCCGUCCCCUCAGGUGCUGAGGCCGAGCCAGCUCGUCCUCCAGAGGCACCACCAGCUCCAUCACCAACACAGCUACCAGGGCCCGCUGCCGCCGUCCCUGCAGGACCACAGCCUGUCUCAAAGUCAGAGCAAAGGCCCCGCAGGUUCAUCGCUGCUCUCCCAGCCUCCCGGUUCCCACUCCAGCCUCCCUACUUACACCAAGACCUAUGAAACCACACGGCAGGAUCAUCCGUCACAGCAGGCUCCACCACCUCCACCUCCACCUUUGCCUCCACCCUGUGACCCGCCUCCGCUGCCCAAGCCAGGCCAACAGGCCUCCGACGCAAACCACAUGAGUGUGAAGAGGCUGCGCUGGGAGCAGGUGGAGAACUCUGAGGGAACAAUAUGGGGCCAGCUUGGAGAGGAUUCAGAGUACGACAAGCUCACUGACAUGGUGAAGUACUUAGACCUUGAUCUGCACUUUGGGACUCAACGCAGAUCCAUCUCUCCUCCAGAGCCAGCCUUCCUGCCUGAGAACUUCAAAAAGAAAGAUGUGGUGGAGAUUCUGUCUCAUAAGAAAGCCUACAACGCCUCCAUCCUCAUCGCCCAUCUGAAGCUCUCCCCCGCCGAGCUGCGUCAGGUCCUGAUGAACAUGGCCACCGACAGGCUGGAGCCGGCUCACAUCAAGCAGCUGCUGCUCUACGCCCCCGACGACGACGAGGUCAAACAGUACGAGCAGUUCGAUCAGGAUCCGGCCAAACUGAGCGAGCCGGACCAGUUCAUUUUCCAGAUGCUAAUGGUGCCUGAGUAUAAGACUCGCCUGCGGAGCCUCCACUUCAAGACCACCCUACAGGAGAGGACGGAGGAGAUGAAGGUGGCCUACGAUUACAUCUACAAGGCUUCAGUGGAGCUGAGGAGCAGCAAGAAGCUGGCCAAAAUCCUGGAGUUUGUUCUCGCAAUGGGAAAUUACCUGAACAACGGCCAACCUAAGAGCCACAGGACAACCAGUUUUAAGAUCAACUUCCUCACUGAGCUGAGUACAACCAAAACAGUAGAUGGGAAAUCCACCUUCCUCCACAUUCUGGCCAAGUCUUUGUGCCAACACUUCCCCGAGCUGCUAAACUUUUCCAGAGACCUCACGACGGUGCCUCUGGCAGCAAAAGUGAACCAGAGAGCCAUCACAACUGAGCUGAGCGACCUUCACAACACCAUCCAGGACAUCAGGACGUCCUGUCAGAAGAUCCAAGCCACCUCCGAGGACCACUUCGCUUCCGUAAUGAGUAGUUUCCUGGAGAACAGCCACCCUGCCAUCCAGUCGCUGGAGUCUCUGCAGAGCCGAGCGAUGGAAGAGUUCUCCAAGGUGGCCUCAUAUUUUGGAGAGGACAGCAAGUCCAGCAGCACAGAAACCUUCUUUGGCAUCUUUUCAGACUUCAUAUCCAAGUUUGAGAGAGCUCUCAGUGAGACCCAGACUCCGGAAAACCCCAGAAGCCCCAGACUGUCUUCCCCUCUGGCCUGGUAGAAGGAGGAAGGCGGAUGUCGAGCCAAACCGAGAAGUCGGCUCCGUUUUCACUCUGCUCUCCACAACCAAAGUGCCAAGAUCAUACACAGAGACACUCGGACCACCGGGAACAGAGACCAUGUCAUCUAUAGCCAAGAGAAUGGAAACACACUGUAUCUAUCUGUAGAUAAGCGGAGUGCCCCGUGUGCAGCAGUGCUGUUCUUUCAGGUGCUGGGUAGAGCAGGAACAUUCAGGUGUCCACAGGUCAACGAGAACUCACCGCACACCAGUUUUUAAAUGAUUUACAUCUCUUUUUAAUGCACAGUAGUUAGUAGAUAGUAGAAGAUACAUUCAAGAAGCCGUCCAAGUCCGUUUGAUUUCUCCCCUUCAGCUUGACGCUGCAUUAAAGUGAGAUUUAAGCAAAGACAACAACUGGUCUGAAUAUAUACAGAUGACCUGCUAAUGUGUUUAUUAAAUGAGUAUAUUAUAAAGUUUAUAUUUUCUAUCAGAUCAUAUUUGAAAAUUGUAAAGAUUAAGCAUAGAUGUAGACUGACUACAGUUAUCUGGAAUCAAGAGGAUUCACAAGCGUAGUUUAGCUAGUUUGAUGGUGCACUCACUGCUUUCCAUACAGCAGGAUUUGUUUCAAACAUGUAAGAUUAGUACUUUUUAAACCGUGUGUUCACGUUGCUAGACUUCCAGAUUUUUUUCAUCCCAUUUACUGUUAAUUUAUAGGACAUCUAUUAUGUCUGUGUAGGUUCUCAUUCAUCCAGGUCAUGGUUAUCCAAAGUAGUUUAAAUCAAUCCACUGGACUUUAAGAAAAUUUAAGAAAAUUUUCUUAAAGUCCAGUGGAUUGAUUUAAACUACUUUGGACAUCUAUUAUGAAAAUCUCCUCAUGCAAGAAGUUAAAGUCAAAGUCACCCACAGCCAGCUUUGGUUCUAAAUUUCUAAUGAUGAUCAGUUGAUCCAGUAUGGAAGCCAAACAAGGCCAUAAUUAUCUUACAUUUUAAUGUAAUCCGCAAUGAUGAAAUUUAAAUAUAUCACGUAGAAAUAUUAUAUAUGAAUUUAAAUGAUUUGAAUUCAGCCUCUUUGAAAUUAUCCUUUAGUCAUUAUGGGUUUUUUUGUUUUUUCAUGUUAAAUUCAGCUACAAAAUUAAAAUAUCUAGUAUUCAAAGACUACACACAGCUAAGCAUUUUUGGCAAAAAUAUUAUCUCAAGUCAAAACAAUACAGAACCUCAAAUUGCAUUAGUUGAAUGUAAAUAUUCAGACAGAAUUUUAAACCUAUAAUUUGAACAUAACCUUAGCCAGCAAAACUAAAUUGAAUCAUGUAGGCUGUUAUCCUUUCAGGUAACAUCAGUAGGUAUGUUAUCCAAGAAUUGGAUUCAGAAUUUGUGAAGCUUGGAGGGAAAAUGGUUUGAAAAAUGCAGAGAUCGUAAAUGUCAGAGAAUCAAAUUCAGACCAAAUUAACUCAAAAUGUAUUAAUGCAAUAAUUAAUUAUGCAUUGGUAUUUAAAUUUCAGCAUUAGGUAUCCUGUUAGGAUUACAUUUCCAGCUGAUAGGUCUGCCGCGGUGGAUUUGUAGUAGGAUAACAAUCAUGUGAUCAUCAGCAGGCAGCUGACAUAGUGUUCACUUGUUGUCAUAGUUACAGUGACGCCGUGCGGCUAUCUCGCAAUGAUAUAGAAAUCUUUAACAAAUCUGUGGAUCCAGACUAUAAGCUGCAUCACUGAAAAAAUCUAAUCAAUUGGUCCUUGUGUAAUUUCUGAUCUUCCCUUAAAAUUUCAUCCAAAUCCAUUAGUCCGUUUUUGAGUAAUGUUUCACACAGUUAAACCGACAGACAGACAAAUGUACGCGAUCGCCACGUAACUCCGCUGCAUUCCUUGGUGGAGUAAUUCUGUAUUCAUUUGGCCUUCCAUAAUUGCAUUAUUUAGACAACAGUAACACUUUAAAAGCUGAGAUGCUAGUAAAUCUGUGGGUGGUCACGGUUCAGUUUUGCUUCAGCUUCACACAUAAUCAAUGAGGCUUAUUCACAGUUUUGCUUGAGUGGUCGGUUAUCCAUCUUUAUGUGUCUCCAGCCGUCGCAUCAGAACUAUACUCACCGUUAAAAUUUGAAAUCUUGAGUCCUGAAAAGAGCUGAAGCUAAAGUUUGGAGUCGUUCCCUGACAGUAUUGUGAUUCUUUUGUCUGACGGGAUUGAAUUAAAUCCACCCUCAUUUGCACAUGUAUUUGCAAAACAUCCUUCAGAACACUCAAACAAUAUUGCACCUUUUUCCAGCGAGGUAACGCUGAAUGCAUUUGGCUCGUAAAUCAUCUGUUGUCAGAACGUGUGGGCGGAACAGUAAAUCUUUCUCAAUAAUUAGCACCAUUUCUUGUUUUUUUUUUCUUCUGAGCUGUGUGUUUGUGGCAGUGAGGACGGCUCGUAGUUCUGCACUUUGUCGAGCAGCUCUGCUUAAAGAGGUGGGAGGCUGCGUAACGAAUGGAGAAAAAAAAAACACCCUACUGUAAAUGGUUAUUUCCUGCUUCUCCGGUUGUCAUGGCGAUGUCAUGACUCCUCUACAGUGCAGUGUACCUGUAGCUGUGUUGUAUUCUUGUUGAGAUUGUAAAUUCACAGUUUUUUGCUAUGCACUGCUCAUUUUUCAUUUGUACUGUACGAUGCUCGUGUGUCCCAAGUUUUAUUUUCUUAUUCAAGAGGGUUUUCAGGGUUUUAUUUUGCUCUUCGUGCACAGCUUUAGUCAGGCUUACGAGGCGAUCUUUUAAAAAAAAAAAGCACUCCUAGCUGCUACAGGUGUAGUAACGGUGUUUUCUCGUCCCAGUCAAUUGCAUGUUGGUGCAGUUAAUGUAUUAAGAUGUGCAGCUGGUAGCAUCGACCCUCCCUGGAUAUUUAGGUUUCAAAUAAAAUCUGUUAGGUUUAUUUAUCCGUUCCCUUUUUCUAACUGUUUUAUAUGUUUUCAUGGAAAGUUGCUCAUGUUUUGUGACCAUUUUAUCCUUUUGUUUGCUUUCAAAUGAAGAUGUUUUUGAUCUAUAAAAAUAUCAUGCUUGAAAGAAA